AUGAAUAGAAACGCUAAUACCUAUAGUGAACUUUUCUAUCACUGCGUCCAAGUAUUGAACGAAUAUACAGAAAAUGUUUCGGAGGAAGUUUUCUUAGAGAAUUACUUCCGAGAAAAUCAAGUUCCAAAUGAAGCGUUUGUAUCAACUAUUUUAUUCGAUUGUAUGCGUCAUUCGACAUUAUUAAAAACAGUUAUCGACAUUUUUUACGCGACUGAUGGUGUAAACGUACGAAAAUCAGAGAAAAAUAUCUAUAAAGUGAUCGCUUAUUUGAUCUUUUUCCAACUUGAUACAAUUCAAAUGAAAUUAUUUCGUGGUUUUGUCAAUUCGAUUCAUCUAAAUCGAAUACAUCAGUUUUUAAAAUUUCUAAUCAAUGAAAAACAUCUCGAAGCGGUCGAAAGACAAUGCAUGAAAGUUUAUGACGAAGAAUAUAUGAAUGGCAAAGUUUCAGGAGUGAUAAAAACAUAUUUACCUGAUUUGCGCGCCAUCCUACUUGAUCUUUCCGAUGCUGUCGAUGGACACAUAGCUCCACGUCAAGUGCCUGAUCCAACGAAAACGAAACCGUUCAAUUUAACUGCACCAAAACCUCGAACUGUGCCUGUACCGAAAAUAGUACCACAAAUGGAAAAAUCUCGUCCCGUACCGAAAACGACGUAUGGACCAUCUCGCGAAGAAUUAGAAUUGGAGAAGAUUCGAGAGGAAAACUACCGACGAAGUUUACAAAAACUUGAUCAAACACGCGCAUUGAGUGCCAAUUUUAUGCAAACAGAAAAAUCAGCUAAAACUCAAUCAAAGUUAAACAAAAUAACGGAAGAACGAGAUAACGAACUUCAAUUUGAACAUUUUCGUGCGAAUUCACCACCUAAAUCUCAAACCAACAAAAUCCCCGUUAAACUGAAUGUUGCCACCGUUUUAAAAGAAAGUCAACUGUAUAAAAAACAAGAAGAUGAUGUUCGCCGGCGUUUACUUGAUUUCGAAGCGGGAGGCAAAGAUGCAACGGAAUUUCUUCAAUGGCAACAAGCAAUGCAAAAACAAGACUAUGACGAACAAAUGAAUGCUAUUGAACGAAAAAGAUUAGAGGGAAAGAUGAGUUAUGAAGAAGCGAUUUUAGCACGACAACGAUUAGUUGAGGAGAACCGACGUUUAGCGGAAGAAUUGAAACGUGAAACACGAGAAAUUGUCGAAGAACAUGUCAAAGACAAAGUUAAAGAAGAACAAAGAAUGAAACAACUGAUUGAUGAAGUUGUUGCCGGACGAGAAAAUGCUAAACUUGCUCAACAGAAACUUCAACAGUACAAAGCGGAUUUUGUUAAACAAUAUAAAGAAGACACGAAACAGAUGAUGAAACAAGCACUCGAAGAAGCCGAAGCGGAAAUGCGGCAACGUGCUGAAUUAAUUCAACAAAUUCGUGCACUCGAAUCAGUGCCUAUUGAUCGAUGGAAACCGGUUGAUUUAACAACAGUUGCUGGACACGGUGUACAUGAUGAAAUGUCUAUAGCAGAACUCCGAGAACGUCUGGAAUUAGUCAAACUCGAACGGGAGAAAGAACGUGAAAGCCGACGCGAUCAAAUUGUUAAAGAUAAACAAGUAAAAGAACAAAUGAUCACAACAUCCGUUCAAAAUAUAGUGAAAUACCGAAAUGAAUUGAGUGCUCAAGCUGCAAAGAAAAAACACCGGCAAGUGAGUGCACCGUCUCGAGCCGAGCAAAAUCCUGAGUUAGAACAACUGAAACAAGAUAUUGAAAAUAAAAAACACCAUCGUCUAUCCAAACAACAACAGACGCGUGACACUCUUGCUUCACUCAAUGUAAGAUCGGUACCAUCGACCGGGCGUGCUGCAACUUUCCGAGCAAAUCCAGAAUGGAAUCGUUUUGAUCAACUAGAAAAAUCGUACAAUAAAACACAAAAACGUCUUGCUCCUUCGCUCAUUGCCUAA